CGUUUGGCUUAACCACGGGCCGUGCUCCCUACGGGAAGGAAAGGGUUUUGGGGAUAAAAUUUAUACACCGCGCGACGUACUUCUUCUUUCUGUAGAGAGAGAGAGAGAGAGAGGGAGGGUUGAGCCUGAAUCGCCAUUGCUGCUGUAGUUAUCUGUGCGUGAGACAAUGCCUCGUUACAAUGAUGACCGUUAUGGCAACACUCGCCUUUACGUUGGCCGUCUUUCUUCACGCACACGCUCACGUGAUCUGGAAGAUGUUUUUAGCAGAUAUGGCAGAGUACGUGAUGUGGACUUGAAGCAUGACUUCGCCUUCAUUGAAUUUAGCGACCCUCGGGAUGCAGAUGAUGCUAGAUACAGCCUAAAUGGGAGAGAAGUUUGUGGAAGUAGAAUAAUUGUAGAAUUUGCACGAGGGGGACCUCGAGGACCUGGAGGUUCUAGAGAGUAUUUAGGUAGAGGCCCUCCACCUGGUUCAGGUCGCUGCUUUAAUUGUGGGAUCGAUGGACACUGGGCUAGAGAUUGCAAAGCUGGAGACUGGAAGAACAAAUGCUACCGCUGUGGUGAAAAGGGUCACAUAGAAAGAAAUUGCCAAAACAGCCCAAAGAACCUAAGGAGGGGCCGGAGCUAUUCCCGUUCUCCUUCUAGGUCACCAUCUCCACGGCGUGGUAGAAGCCGUAGCCGCAGCUAUAGCAGAAGCAGAAGUUACAGUCGGUCCAGGUCUAGGUCUCCUCAGAGGGAGGGGCGCAAUGUGGUGCGUGAGGAUCGAUCACGUAGUCCUCUACCUAGCAGGAGCCCCAAGCCAAAGGCAAGUCCACCUCCGGCAAAAGAGAGAAAAACUAGCCCUUCGCCUGAUAGGAGGCGGAGUGUGAGCCCCGGUGGGAGCAGCCCACGAGAAAGGAGUCCGCCACCAAGGGAGAGGAGGUCAAGUGGUCACCACCGUGGUUCUGAUUACAGUGGCAGUCCAAGGAAUAGCAGGAGCCCUGGAAGUGCAGAGCGAGAUAGUCCAGUUGGCGGUAGGUACAGGAGUCCAGAGGCUAAUGGGAGGAACGGCAGGAGCCCUUCCCCAAUGCAUGAUGAUGAUCGGAGCCCAGUGGAUGAUGAUCGGCGCCGUGGAUCACCUGCAAGGCGUACCGAUUCUCCGGUCAGCGGUGAGGAGUGAACGUGCAGUAGUAGAGACUUAAAAACUCUAGUAACAACUGGUUCUAUUUAUCGAUGCAAAAGUACUUUCUUUUACUUUAAAACUGUGUAAUUGUUGGAAACGUUGAGAAGAUGGAUGUAAUCUCGGUGAUCUAACCUCUUUUUCCA